GGCCCAAGCCGCUGCCAACCCCAGUGUCUCCAUAUCUUGCGCAGCAUGCACACACCACUUCCGAUUGGUGUCGCUCUCGGUGCUAUUCCGCAUGUGGGAGUGUCACCCAAAGGACCGCCGAGAUAUUGGGGGAUGCCAUGGCAAUCGGUAUUUCUCAGCACUCAGGAGCACCCCUUCGGCAUUUGGUGGUGGGGUUCUACACGCAGCAGCACACCAGAACCUGGCUCGCACCAGAAGCUACCCUGGCCGUUGAUGCCGAUCGAGGCUUGUGGGGAAGGCCAGGGGCGUAGGUUUACAGAUGUCCCUCGCAUGCCAACCGUAAUGUAAAAAAGGUCGGGAUUCCCGGCUGGAGAGACAUGGGGGUUUGUUGUGGUUCCCUCCAGGGCACUGACCUCUUCCCGACUUUGAGUCAGGGCAGCUGAAAGCGUUUUUCCUUGUCCCUGGGGCCUCCUUGCAAACUAUCGCUCCUCUCCCUCGUGCCCGUCACUGAGCUGCGGAAAACACCAAGCAAAACACGAGGCGCGGCGGCGCAGACGACUUCCCCCCCAAUAUGGCAACCCCCGAGAGCAAGGUGACGAUCAAGGCCAACUGGCGCUGCUUCAUCGCCUGUGGCAUCAUCCUCAUCUCGCCGUUCCAGUAUGGCGUCGACUUCGGCCUCAUCGGCGGCCUGCAGGCCAUGCGGGGCUUCCUCGAGAUAUUCGGCUACCCGGCCAACAACAAGAUCGGCUGGAACCUCUCGCCGCUCCGCCAGCAGCUCAUCUCGUCCUUCAUGACCCUGGGCGCCUUCGUCAGCUCCGGCACCGCCGGCUUCGCCGCCGCCAAGCUGUCGCGCCGCUGGUGCCUCUGGCUCGCCGCGGCGCUCUGCUGCGUCUCCAACGUGCUGAUGAUGGCCUCGGAGGACAUUGGCACUCUCUAUGCCGGCCGCCUGCUGAUCGGGCUGGCCAACGGCUGGUUCAUGACCUUUUCGCAGCUCUACAUCCAGGAGUCGAGCCCCGCCAAGUACAGGGGCCUGUUCCUGACCGUCUUCCAGUUCAUGACGUCCUUUGGCACCCUGAUCGGUGGCAUCGUCAACUGGGCCACCGCCGGCAUCCCCGACAAGCGGGCGUACCUCAUCCCGCUGGGCCUCAUCUACAUCGUGCCCGUCAUACUCUCGGUCGCCAUGUUCUUCAUCCCCGAGUCCCCCCGCUGGCUGAUCCUGCAGGGGCGCGCGGACGAGGGCCGCAAGGCGCUGGCCUGGCUGCGGCCCGACGACUACGACGUCGACGCCGAGGUCGCCGAGAUCCAGGCCGCCAUCGACCGCGAGAGGGAUAUCAGCAGCGGCGUCGGCAUCCUCGACAUGUUCAAGAACCCCGUCGACCGCCGGCGUACCCUGCUCUCCGUUUCGGCGGUUACGCUGCAAGCUGCUUCAGGCUCCAUGUUCAUCAUUGCAUACAAGGCGUACUUCUUCACCAUGGCAAACGUCCAGGACCCGUUCGGCAUGUCGUGCGUCCUCAGCACCGUCGGGCUGGUGGCGCUGCUCGCCAACUCGCUUAUCGUGGUCCGCUACGGCCGGCGGCGCGUGCUCAUCGGGUCCGGCCUGGUCAUGUGCGCGGUGUUGCAGCUCAUCAUCGCCAUCGUCUACCAGCAGCGGCCGGGCCAGUCGUCGACGGGCCAGGUCCUGGUCGCGCUCAGCUGCCUGUACAUGGCGAGCUACAACGGCCUGGUCGCGGCCUACGCCUGGCUGGCCGGCGGCGAGAUCCCGUCGCAGCGCCUGCGGAGCCACACCUUUGGGCUCGCGGCCGCCGUGGGCUUCUUCUUCGCCUGGCUCACCACCUUCACCGCGCCUUACUUCAUCAACCCGGACUCGCUCAACUGGGGCCCGCGGUACGGCUUCAUCUGGUUCCCGUCCGCCAUGAUCGGUGCCGCCUGGGUUUACCUUUUCCUCCCCGAGACCAAGGGCCGGACGCUCGAGGAGAUUGACGAGAUGUUCGAGGCAAAAAUCGGCCCUCGCAAGUUCCGAACUUAUGUGUGCGUCGGCGUCAAGGCUGAGGGGAAGAAGAUCGAAGACUAUGAGAAUAACGAGGUCGAGACGGUACAAGAGGUUGAGGCCAAGUCACUCGAGGCCGGCAAUAAGAAUGCCUAGGGAAUAGAGGGGGCUGGAGAGAGAGAGAGAGAAGAUCCCCUGUCUAAGGCCUACACUAGAGACGCGGUCUCGCGCAUGAGGCUUCCAUAAUAAAGUGACCAACGCGUACCAGGCGCUCAUAUUCGACGUCAAGAUUUUUUUCUUGCCCUUGGGCGAUACCCGUGCAGACACUAC